AUGACGAAAUGCAAGCUAGGCUGGUCAGUACAUGGCAAUGACAGGGCAGGAGUCCCACAGAUCGAACAUUGCCACCUUGCAAGAACCGCUGACGAUGACCUCCAUCAGCUCGUCAAGGAGUCAUUCAGCACGGAGUCGUUUGGUGUGAAGGUCACCUCCAACAAGACCAGCUCGAGGGAAGAAGUCCGUGCCGAGAGGCUGCUGGAGUCCACCACCAAGCGAGUUGGCACCCGUUGGGAGACAGGUCUGCUAUGGCGCUCGAGUGACAUCGCCCUCCCCGAGAGCUACGAAAUGGCCAAAUCGAGGCUGAUGUCUCUGGAAAGGAAGAUGGACCGAAACCCAGCCUAUGCAGAUCAGUACUGCUCUAAGAUUGCAGAGUAUGUCGCUACAGGCUAUGCGAGAAAACUGACAGAGGAAGAGAGGACAGAGGAAGAGCUGGACCAAGACAACGUUGGCCGCAGGUGGUACUUGCCACACUUUGGAGUAGUUAACCCCAACAAGCCAGGGAAAAUUCGCCUGGUAUUCGAUGCAGCAGCAAAAAGCAACGGCAUGAGCCUUAAUGAUGCUCUAGUCAGUGGACCAGAUCUCCUCAAUCCUCUUCCGAGUGUCCUCUUCAAGUUCCGGCAACACCGAAUUGGUUUCGGCGGAGACAUCCAACAGAUGUUUCAUCAGGUACUCAUCAGGAAAGAGGAUCUGCCAGCACAGAGAUUCCUGUGGCGAGGGCGUGACCGUGGCCGAGAGCCAGAUGUCAUGCAAAUGACAGCAAUGACAUUUGGUGCCACAUGCUCGCCGGCAGCCGCUCAGUAUGUGAUGCGAAAGAACGCCUCGGAGUUCACCGAUCGGUGGCCUGACGCCGUACGGGCCAUCUGUGAGAAUCACUAUGUCGAUGACUACUAUGACUCCACCGAUGAUGAAGAACAAGCCAGAAACCGAGUGGACCAGGUGUCGGCCAUCCACGAUGCUGGUGGGUUCCUCAUUCGCCACUGGGUCAGCAACUCCAGAGAGCUGCUGCAGCACAUUCCAGCAGAGCGCCGAGCAGUUGACGCACCGACAUUCAACAGCGGCACGGAGCUGCCCAUGGAGCGAGCGCUUGGUCUGAAGUGGGACCCAGAGACUGAUCAAUUUAACUUCCGCCUCAGUCAACGCCUCGUUGACCAAGAAGCUAAGUCACCCCGGCCAACAAAGCGACAGGCACUCCGCAUGAUCAUGUCAGUGUUCGACCCGAUGGGGUUUCUAUCCUGUCAUACCCUAGCAGCACGAGUCCUUCUGCAAGAUGUUUGGCGCACUGGAGUUGGGUGGGACCAACCCCUACCGGACAGUCUGCUGGAAAAGUGGCGUCAGUGGUGGGGAGGUCUCCGCGAGCUAAGUCACAUCGUUGUACCCCGCUGCUACUGCCUGAGAAUGUCAACGAGGAAGUCAUGUCAGCUUCAUGUCUUUGGCGACGCCAGCGAGGACGGCUUUGCAGCCGUCGCAUACUUUCGAACAACUCUUGAAGACAGGACCUCUCAAGUCUCUUUCGUCCUGGGCAAGAGUCGUGUCGCCCCGUUACGGCCGAUUUCCAUCCCAAGGCUCGAGCUACAGGCGGCACUCAUGGCUGCAAGAAUAGCACGGACGGUUCUGGAAGGGCACGACCUACUCAUCGACAGCACAACGCUAUGGACAGAUUCAAUAACAGUCCUUCGGUGGAUUCAGGCAGAUGCCAAGAAGUUCAAGCCGUUCGUCGCCCACAGAGUCGGUGAGAUCGAUGAACUAUCUGCAGUGUCACAGUGGAGGUGGGUGCCAACAACCCUCAAUCCAGCUGAUGCCGCAACGAGAGUACUGCCAGAUGUCCAAGGCAGACAACUUCAUUGGCUUCAGGGUCCGAAGUUCUUGCAAGCUCCAGAGGCUGAUUGGCCAGAGGAGACCACACAUGCGAAGGCUACUGACGUCGAUGCUGAUCGCCAGGAGAUGAAGGCAGAGUUCGCCGGAAUGCACACCGUGCCAGAGCCGUUGGUCUUACCAGACGCCAACAGUUAUUCAUCGUGGAUGAAGCUGGUGAGAGUCACGGCAUGGAUGGCUCGAUACGUCAAGAACCUGCGGGCCAAGGCAGCCGGAAAGCCAGCCACUGUUGGGGAGCUCCUUCCGACAGAGUUCCAAAGGGCUCAAGAGCUGUGGUGGCUCAGGACUCAAAGAGACAGCUUUGCAGGUGACGUUGCAGAACUGAAGAAAAAUGGGUCUGUGACGAAAGUGAGUCGUUUGUACACUCUGUCCCCAACCAUCGAUGGAGUUGGUGUGAUCCGCAUGAGUGGACGGGUCAGGACCGCACCGAGUGGGAGCGCCAUUGAUCUGGAUCCGGUUAUCCUGCCACCAGAUCACGCGUACACUCGACUCAUGCUCCAACACCUCCGCGAUAUCUGUGGUCACCAAGGACAGGCUCAGGUAGCCAACGAGAUCCGCCGACAGUACUGGAUACCGGGACUACGUACUGCGGUGCGGCGCACAUGA